AUGCCCAAGGUGGCCGUCUGUCAAAUCACAUCGACAAAUGACCCCGAGCACAAUCUCCGGAUCUCGAGCAAUCUCGUACGCAAAGCUGUAGCUGCUGGUGCUCAAGCUUGCUUCUUGCCCGAAGCAGCGGAUUUCAUAACUUCCUCCAUCGAAGAAUGUCACUUUCUCUCUCCACCACUAUCGAAGCAUCCAUAUACUCUCGGUCUCCGCUCUCUGGCGAAAGAACUCGGAGUGAUCAUUUCUGCUGGUGUGCACGAGACGCCCGAAUCGGACGAAGAAGACACUGAGCCAUCUGGUUCGUUGAAGGUAUACAACACUCAUGUACUCAUCGGACCUCAUGGAGAUCUGCUAGCGAGGUAUAGGAAGCUGCACAUGUAUGACGUGGAGUUGACUCAGCCGUCAUUAGCUGAUGGUACACCACAGCCACCCAAGAUCUUUGGUGAGAGUGAGAGGGUCAGGAAAGGAAUGGAGAUUGUUCCCCCUGUUGAUUUGGGCCCUAUAGGCAGACUUGGAUUACAGAUCUGUUAUGACAUGAGGUUUCCGGAGGAUGCUAUCAUCCUACGACGGAUGGGAGCAGACGUUCUGACCUUCCCUUCCGCCUUCGCUAUAAAGACCGGGCGAGAUCAUUGGUGUAAAGGUAUCGCAAUACAGAAUCAGACUUACGUUCUCUCCGCUGCUCAAUGGGGAGCUCACAACCCUCAACGCUCUUCUUGGGGUGAGAGUAUAGCAUUUGAUCCCUGGGGCAAACCAUUGGGACGAUUAAGAAGUCUUGACGAAACACCCGCUGGAACGCAAGAGGACGUGGAGGCUCUGUAUAGACAAUCUGGGGAGUUCUUCCUGUGUGACAUCAACCUUGAUGUGGUUAACUCAACGAGAACACAAAUCCCCCUGGCGAUACAGAAACGGACAGAUGUGUAUGGAGUAGUCGGCGAGAGCUUACCUACAAGGAAACCAGGCGUCUGA